AUGGGUUCUCUAGACAGGCGCACCAAGCAAGCUCCGGGUCUCGCAUCCACAGCCUCCCGAAAUCUCAAUCUCCGCCAUGCCAAGCACGCGAUCGGAUCGCUGCUCUCUCGUCUCCCACUGAUCGGCAGACCAUCGGAAGCAGACGAAUCACCAGACGAAACGGCGGGUAGUUCUCGGCCUUCUCCUUCGCUCGUUCCACUCCCAGUCACCUCCAAUGUGCCCGAACCGGCGAAGGAUCCGUGUUCAAUGUUGUCCUAUCGCGAAUUUGUGGAGAGAAGGGGAGGAUCAUUAGACUUUCGGACGGACACGGACUCGGGCGUAUGCACGGUGUGCAUGAACUGCUUGCAGGAGAGCGACCAAGUGAGGGAGCUUUGUUAUUGUGCUCACGCGUUCCAUCUCGAGUGCCUCGAUGCUUGGAUCGACCAGGGCCACGAUACUUGCCCAAUCUGCAGAGCGAAGCUAUGGAGCGAUCCACCAGAGGAGCCGAGAGACGGUGGGGCCGAUCCGUGGAGGGCGGAGAGGAUGGUGUACUUGUUUGGGGAGGAUCUGGAGUUCUGA